AUGUCCCCGGAAGGGGCAGAUUCAGCAAAGCAGCAGCGCGACCUCAGGCGGCGGCGGAGUCUCGGCCGGAAGUUGGGGCCCAGCCGGAAGGUGGCGUCGGCCAAGCGGAGCCGCCGGGCGGUUCGGCCGCCCUCACUGGGGCGCAUCGCGGUGGUGGUGGACCAGGGUUCGGGCUUCACCAAAGCGGGCUUCGCCGGCGAGGCCCAGCCGCGGCUGGAGCUGAAGAGCUCCAGCCUGGUGCCCAGCGGGGACCGGCCCGUGCCACCCGGCGGGCCGGGCUGCGAGCUGGCGCGCGGCGUGGCGCGGGCGCACCCCAUCAAGCACGGCGUGGUGGUGGACUGGGAGGCGCUGGAGGGCCUGUGGGAGCGCCUGCUGGUGGGGGGCCUGCGGAUAUGCCCGGAGCAGUGGCCGGUGCUGGUGAGCACCUCGCCGUCGGCGCCGCCCGCGGGCCGCGAGAGGACGGCCGAGCUGCUGUUCGAGGCGCUGGCCGUGCCCGCCUGCCACAUGGCCAGCACCGCCCUGCUGGCGCUCUGCUCCACCGGCGCCGUCAGCGGGCUGGCGGUGGAGGCGGGCGCGGGCGUGUGCCACGCCACGCCCAUCUAUGCAGGCCACUCGUGGCACGCGGCCACCAGCCGGCUGAACGUGGCAGGCAGCGCCCUGUCGCGUUACCUGAGGGCCCUGCUGGCAGCAGCGUGCCCCCACCUGCAGCUGCAGACCCUGCCCCGCAAGGCCAUCACCCAGCUCAAGAAGCGCAUCUGUUACGUGUCACUGGACUUCGAGGGAGACCUCCGUAACCCUGCCCGCCACCAUCCCGCCAGCUUCUGCUUAGACAAUGGGUGUUCCGUGCACCUCGGUAGCGAGCGCUUCCGCUGCCCGGAACCCAUCUUCCAGCCCCGCCUGCUCGGCCAGGCUGAGCCCGGGCUGCCCACGCUGGCCUUCCAGGCACUGCAGAAGAUCCCUGCAACGCUGCGGACACGGCUGGCCGACACAGUGGUGCUGGCCGGGGGCUCCACGCUUUUCCCUGGCUUCACCGAGCGCCUGGAGAUAGAGCUGAAUGCCCAGUGCCAGAGGCAUGGCUACGGGGCACUGCGGCCACACGUGGUGGCCACGCCUGGGCGUGGCACAGCAGUGUGGACAGGCGGCUCCAUGAUGGCCUCCUUGCGCUCCUUUCAGUGCCACUGGAUGACCCGGGCCAUGUACCAGGAGUGUGGCUCCAGGCUGGUGCAUGAAGUGUUCAACUGAGUCCUGCUGCACUGGAGGGGACGGUGCCAGAGGAGGUCAGAAGAAGUUCAGCUGGCUGGGCAGCGGUUAUCUGAGGCAUCAAGUGCCAGAUAAAAGUCUCAGGUGACUGGAACUGGCAGAGUCAUGUGGUGAUGAGUCCCCCUACCCCUUUCUCAGCCAGGGGCAUUGGUGGCGGGGUAAGGGAGUGAAUC